GCGAGCCUUUCGAGUAAAAAGAUUUUGCUACUCCACCACUUGGUAGCAACCCCUUUACCAGCACUAACCACCAGCGUCAGUGCCAAAUAUCCCGUCGUUCCAUCUAUUCAAGUUCGACCCAAAACAAGAAAACGUUCAGUUUCCUUCUCCUUCCCCUUCCCCUUCCCUUCUCUUUUUCCCCAUAACCAACCCAAUCGCCAAUCGCCAAAAGAUCAUACACCAAAAAUGGACGUAUCAUCUAUUCCUGAACCUGACCAGCAACAACACCUCAGCACGACGACCACCAUCGACCAGCUAAACCCGCAGUUACAAGAGCAAACGCAAGCCCUCCAAUACCCACAAUACCAAGUUCAAGAUUAUUACUAUCAAACCCAGUUUCAAUCUUAUGACCAGUCUUAUUAUUCGUAUUAUCAGCAAUACCCAGAUCAAAAUCAAUGGCAAUACGGCCAACAAAUACAACACUACGCUUAUUACCAGCCCGAUUACUCAGUUGCUUAUCAGCAACCCCCGUAUUAUCAUCAUGAGUCUGCUCCAGGGGUUUCUGCUCCACAAGAAGUGCCACAAAUUGCCGAUUCUGGUGGAACUGGGGCAUCGUUGCAGGCGGCACAGCAGCAACACCCGCAGAGCGCCUAUCCUCCGCCUCAGACUUCGGUAAAUGUAGUUGUGCCGCCGCCUCCUCCGGGGAUGAAUCCAGCUGCCGCUGCGGCUAUCGCGGCUCUAGAGCAGCUGACGCAAUUUGCGGGGACUAUGGACGCUGCGGAGAGGGCAAUGGCUGGGUUACCGGCGAAGAGUCCGGGAUUUAUGCGUGUUCCAAUGCGUCAUCCGGAUGGUCGAUAUCCACGUAGGGAUGGUGGACCAUCCCGAGGAGGUGGCCAUGGUAAUGUAGGACACCACCAUGGUUCUGCUUCUUCUUUUCGUGGAAGAGGACAUGGGCGGGGUAAGGCUCGUUCUAGGCACUUCCAACAGCAAGGUGCAACAUCUUCCUAUCCAGAACAUUCUGAUGCAGUUCAAAAGGCAAAUCAAUCUGCUUCAGCACCAGAAAAUGUAGGUUCUAACUGUCGAACUGUUCAGAUUGCUUGGUGUGAACUUUGUAGGGUAGACUGCACUAGUUUGGAAAUUCUUGAGCAGCACAAAAAUGGAAAGCGGCAUAAAAAGAACUUGCUCAGGAUCGAUGAGUUGAAAACUACUACUAAACUAGGGGAAGAGAGAAGAAAUGAUCAGGAACCUGUAAAUGAUUUCAAGCCAGAAGAAGCUCAGCAGCCUCAGAUUGCACAGGAUGGUGAAGAGCAGAAGUCAGCAGAAAACUUACCUGCUGAAGCUGCCAGUGAUGAAAAUGGAAUGGAGAACGAUCUGCAGAAUAAUACAGAGGAAAAACUUGAAGUUCCAGCAGAGCAGUUGUCUGAUCAGCAAGGAAGGAAGCAGAAGAAGAAAUUGUUUGAUAGUAGGACACGUGGAAUGAAACGCAAAAUGAAGGGUGGUCGGGGAGUCAAGCAUAUGAAGAUUUCUGAAACUCAUAGACGACCAGUCGAACCUCCCAAACCUAAAGUUGUAGCUCCCCUAAUAUGUGAUCUAUGCAACGUCAAGUGUGAUACAGGGGAGGUUCUUAAUCGCCAUUUUUCUGGUAAAAAGCACAUUGCUAAGCUUAAACGAUUUGAAGGUCAUCAGGCUUUGUAUGGGCCAACAGGGCUUCAGGUGCUUUACCCUCCCAAUCCAAUUGCACAAACUUAUUCCUUCCCCCAAGUCCGUCAACCUUUCUAUGGUCAUCAAGGCUCAUUUCCCCCACAUGGUGUUUACUAUUCUUCUCAAGCUCACCAAUCAGCAUCAGUAGCAGCAGGUUUGGACCAUCAAUUCUCACAAAGUUCCAUGUCUCAACAAUCAGAAGCUGCUUUAACUUUUGAGACAAAUCCUGCAACUGCAGUCUAAGAAUCUUAACGUGAGUUAUCAGAUCCUCCUCUCAUUAGCAUCACAGCCCGCACUUCAGAUUUCCUGCUGUGUCCGCAGAAUCUGGGGUCUCUUCUAGUGAAGUAAUGAAUUUAAUAUGGGCUUAGUUAAACAAUGAAUUUUACUUUUCAGUAGUUCUGACUCUUAAGGUGAGUUUAGUUAUUGAAUUGGCUUUUGGAGGGAAUCAUUUGUUAAAUAUACUGAUAUUCUCAACUGCUAAUCAAUGUUCAAAUGAUCACUAUUGGUAGUCUUUAGCGUCGUAGCCAUAAUCUGUAUUAUGGCUUCUGUUGGUGUUAUACAAAUAAAAGUAUUUCUAGUUACUGCUGGAAUGGCUAAUUCUGUUUUAAUUCACAUGGAUUGGGUUACCAGCAUGUC